AUGCUCAAGCCUGCCACUACGGCACUUCUCGGUCAUACGCGCUGUUUCGGUCCUCUUUCUGCGCGAAGAUUGCAAUCGUCGUUCACUUUUUCGAGCAACAAAUCACUUCUUCAAAAGGACCAAGUUAAGGAUGACAAACGCAAGAAAAGACAAGAAAAGCUACCCUCUACGGUCAGCAACGGGGUCUCUGUCGAGAAAAAGGGAUUAUCACGAGAACUCCGUCCAAAAUGGCGUGAACACGCCGAUUACUCGUGGCUGCCCAAAGCUCCGUCAACGGCACAUUUAAAUGCUCGAGAUGUGAGUACUACCGUACUGUAUUCCGGAUACCGUCCAUUUUUCAUGAAACCGCAAGAGAAGGCACCAAAUGAAAGUACACUUUAUGAAUUUGCUAUGAAACUGGAAAACUUGGGCGAUCCUUUGCCUUGGAUCUCGUCUGCUACGGGAACAGAGUUUUAUGGCGAAUGGGACAACGUUCCAACCGACGUAAUAAAGCGACUCAAACCGUUUCAACCGCCGCCCAAGAACAGUACGGUGCAAGACGCUGCAAGUCGCAAACUGUUGCAUGAGAAACUAGUCGAAAGGGAGAAGGAUAAACUCAUCAAUAGAUCGAGAGGUCGAAAAAAGCCUAUAAUAAGGUUGAUGCAGCUACGUAAGGACUUCAAUGACCAGGGUGGCGACUAA